AUAAUGGGAGACAAUACAAUCCGGAUAAAAAGCGAAAAUUCGUUCGGAAAUACGGCUGCAAAUGGAAGAUUCCCAGAUACUCCUUUUGGACGAAGGCCGCCCCUUGUUAGCAAAAUAGACGGUCGAGCCCGGAUUUUGAGACCACUUCGUCCGGCAGCCAUGCAAUCCAAUCAGCAACCGACCACAUCUGCAAAUGCUUCAGGACCAUCGGGAGCACGUAUCUCUUCGGGUAAUAUUCCUCACUCUCAAUCGAUGCCUGUUCUUCAAUCUGGAAACACUGCUAACCGACCUUCAACUGCAGGGAAUCCGGCAGCUGGACGACCGAUUUUAACACUUCCAUCAAAUACAACGGAGAAGCACGUAAUUGCGUUAAAUCAAUGGGCAGAAGUGAUGAAGAGUAAAUUGGAGAAAAUGCGUCAAAAGUCGAAAAAAGCAUUAGACGAAUCGAUGAAAGAGCAUUCGACAAUGGAAGAUUUAUCAAGAGCAAGAGAAGCAUUAUCAGAAAUGGGAAAUAUGUAUUAUGAAUUGAAUAGAGCAGCAGCACUCAAAUGUCGAUAUAAUGCUGUAUUUGACAAAAGGCCUCUAUAUAAAGCUGUUGAAUCAUCAAUACAAGAUCUCAGACAGAAAGAUGAAAGUGCUUAUCAAUUAUUCUACAAAUUACAAGAGGCAAUGGACGAGAGGACAGUUAUUGAGAAAAACAUUAUCGCUGUGUCAGAAACAUUUCGUCAAAACGCUGUUCAUGCUCCGAGAGUCUCAAGAUUAUCUGUCCCACCACCUUUGAAAUUCUCGAAACACGUUGAAGAUGCGAAUAAAGGAGUUUUCUUAGCAAUGGAUGCUGUUAUGAAUAAAACGAGGGGUGAUUUGACAUGGAGAUUCAAAAGAAUCAGUCAUCCAUGUUUUAGGAAUUCAAAAAGUCUCAUUGAAGUUCACUACUGUGCUCGGCGCCCAAAUAGUGAAAAAGAAUUCGUUCCGUGUAUGAAAGCUGUUAUUGUACUCAAAUAUGGAAUUCUCGAAGAUAUGAUUAUUGGAGGCGAAGAUGAAGAUUUAUACAAUCAAGAACAAAUUCUACAUUCGAAACGGAAAGUCUACAGAGAAUUCACAAAAUCGGCCAAAGAGAUUAUACUUUGCUCGCCAGUUACAAAGUUUACUGCACCCACAAACUUCGCCCAAUGCAACAAUUACAUUCAGUCUUAUGUGAACUGUUUCUCAACUAAAUGCUAUUAUUGCAAAAAGCAUCUGCGACAGUUUAUGCCUCCAACCGUUGUCACGAGAGAAUCGUCUCCAAUCAUUUGCCAUAAAUUAUGUUUGAUGUCACAGGUCCCUUAGCUUUUUUUGUUGAAAAUAUUAAUUUAUUUCCAUAGUUCAGUACACUUGUUAGAUUCUUUUUGCUCCAUGCGUGUCGCUUUAACUUGUUUCAUUUCUACGGCCCCACUGUUUCCACUUUCUUGAAUUUUUCCCCACUUUUACGAGAGUAUUCCUAGUUUUUUUUGUCUCUUGCCAGAUCUUCACCAUCAUCACCUUGUCUCUUUCAAUGCUUUUUGAUGUGUUCAAUAAAAUCAUACAGACC